ACUUGAUUUGCAUAUCGGGCGUCGUAUUUCGACGCUCCUCGCCCUCCGACGUUCGCGUGUCUGACGAGAAAAACUUCCAACUUCGGUUAGUUUUUCAAAGAAAAUAUUGGAUUGUUUAGAUAAUUAUGUACCUGGAUAAAUUUAACCUAAACCGACACGCAUGCGCACGAGUACCUGAGAAGAUAAUAUGACGUCAGACGACGGAGAACAGAAAAAAUGCACGAUCUGUGAGAAACAAUUCUCCACUUCUGGUGAAUUAGCGCAUCAUAUGGACGCGCACGAACGAGCAGCGACAUCUAGAGACUCUACCUUCAAAUGCGUUAAAUGUUCAGCAUUUUUCGCGACGGAGGAAGAAUUAGAUCGUCAUUCAGCCUUACAUUCGCCGCAGUCACAAAUUUGUGCAGUUUGUCACAAAUCCUUCGCUAACGUUUAUCGCCUACAACGGCAUAUGAUCUCUCACGAUGAAAGUUCUGAUCUUAGAAGAUUCAAAUGCGACGAAUGUGGUAAGGCGUUCAAGUUCAAGCAUCAUCUUAAGGAACAUGUUCGAAUUCAUUCGGGCGAAAAACCUUUUUCAUGCACUAAUUGUGGCAAACGAUUCAGUCACUCCGGCUCAUACAGUAGCCAUAUGAGCUCUAAAAAGUGCUUCUAUACAAGCAAACUGGGUCAGCAACGUCGACAGGAGAAGAUUCUUGCGGGAAAUCGUCGUUUCACGCAAAUGUUCGAUCCGACUGGUGGACACCUGGUGGCGCUCAAUUAUAUUAAUGCCGUCAGACCGUAUUUGCAGACUGGAAAUCCGAUAUACCCGUUUUUUCCGGCUGGCUUUGGACACUUACCUCUUAUGCCUAAAAUGGUGCAAAAGAAGAUUCCCGAAGACGAGGAAGAGGAGGAAGUUUCCAGUGGCGACGAAGAGGAAGAAGGAAAAAACGCUGCCAAAAACGCUGCCAAAGAUGUCAUAGCCGAUAUAUUAUCGAGUGUAGAGAAAAAGGUUCUUGGGGAAAAGCUGUCUUGUAAAUACUGCGACGAAACGUUCGAGAGCGCUCUCCUGAGAUUUCAGCACGAGAACAGUCGUUGUUCGAAACGAGUUCAAAAUGGCGGCACUUUUGAUUGUUCCUACUGCAAAACUUCGUUUCCGAAUGCGGUAGAAAAGCACCAGCACGAACGCUAUAGCGGGUGUAAUUCGUCAACGCAACCUCUUCUCCAAACGUCUGAACAAGAUAGGAAGUGCCGUAUUAGAUCUUUAUUUAGCGAAGAUCAAUUACAGUAUUUGAAGAAAUUCUACGCAACUAACCCAUGGCCAAAUAGAGAGGAACUGGUAGGCAUUUCGCAAUCUAUUGGAUUCUCGAAGCGGGUAGUUCAAGUUUGGUUUCAAAAUAUGCGAGCGCGUGAUCGAAAACAAGGGAAAAGUAUACCUCCAUCACCGAAUGUUUGUUCUUCGGUUGGAGUUAUUACCAAGCCAGUAGAAGCUACACCGCAAACCGAACCUUUGGACCUUUCCUUAAAAAAGAAGCAACCAAUGGAAAAUACGCAUACUUUAAGAUCACCUACUCCACCGCCUCUUCAAAAUUUGGGUUUGCAUCAUACGCACAGCCCUGUUUUCCCUGAUAUGCAAAUUAGUGGCGAUAGCGAAGAUUCGAUGAGCGAAGCAAAUUCCUCCAGUUUUAACUCUACGGCAAGCGGAGAAUCGAUUCCCUCUCACGUCGAACAAAGUUCAUUCGGCCGAGAGCAUAAAAGAACUUGGAAAGUGGCCGAAAAUCAAGAUGUAGCUGAAGAAUCAAAAAAGAAACGACGUUGUUGGAAAGCUCAUCGUUUAGAGGGUGAAGAUGGAGGAGGAAUUUACGCGUGCGACCAGUGUGAUAAAACGUUUUCGAAACAAAGUUCGCUGGCUCGCCAUAAAUAUGAGCAUUCUGGUCAAAGACCCUUCAGUUGUACUGAAUGUGGAAAAGCGUUCAAACACAAACAUCAUCUAACUGAACAUGUCCGUCUACAUUCUGGAGAGAAGCCGUUCGUUUGUAAAAAGUGUGGAAAACGCUUUAGUCAUUCCGGUUCAUACAGUCAACACAUGAACAACAGAUAUAAAUACUGUAAGGGUGUCACUCAAGCAUCACCGACGCCCCAGAUUCCUCUAAUUGUAGCAGAGUGACCUACUUUUCUCUGGUUAUUCAGUGAGUCGGAAUGAAAGGACGAGUGCAAGGUCGUGCUGAUAGUUAUUUCGGAUUUACCUCUUUGAAGCGUACCAUAUGUAGAAAAAAAAAUAUGCAUACAAUUAAAUAAUCUAUGUACUUCCUUUCAAUUUUUGUACAGCACAACCUCGUACAAUCUUGUACUUAAGCCUCACUGCUCGUUGUUGUUUUAGUGGUCAUUUUUAUUGAUGAAAAAAUGCUGGUCGAGUGUUAACUUUUGUUCUAUUUAGUCAUCUAUGCAACAUCUUGCUUUUGUUUUUAUUUCAUUAUUUUUGGUUGUGUGCCAACUCAGGUGUCGGAUACCAGUCUAUUUAAAACUUUGAUUUGUUUAUUUCAUGUAUUAAUGUACAGACAUAUGCAUUUAUGUUAAGGACAAAAUCCAAAGGUCUUCCGAUAGUGUAAAGACAAAAAACCAGCGUUACACUGCCUAUGCUAUUUAGUAUACUCUUAGUUGAUUGGAUGAGUGAUCUAGUCACGUGACAUAUUCAAGCUUUAAAUUUCUCCUCCCAUUGCGUUUUACCGAACUCAGUAUUAAUUGUACAGGAAAAAUUAUGUAACUAAGUGUUGUGAAUGUAGUAUUAUUAUUAUUAUUAUUAUCUAUUUAACAUAAGACAAUUGGGAAAAUUUUCUAUAUUUCCUAUUGAUUUCCUUUAACUUUCUUUUUUUUAAAACUGCUUUUUAAGUUGAAAUUAUGAACAUCAUUACAAAGGAAAAGCAUGGGAAAUUAGUGAAAGUUUAUCCAAUUCGUUUUAAAGCCUUAUUUUAUUAUGUUUUUUCACUUUCCAGUGGCCAAAACUGCUUAAAACUAUUUUGUAGUGUGAAAGUUGCUCCCUAACCUGAUAGAUGGUGCUGAUUAGUAUCAAACCCGUACGAGCGUUCAGUAUUAAAAAGUAUUAGAUUGGUGCUGUAUGAAUGAAAUAGACUGGUAUCCUAAAAUGGGUUUUUAUUUUUUAUUAAAAUGCAUAUAGCUUGUGUUCCUUAUUAUCUGUUCAUCUAUUCAUUAUAUAAUCAUUUGUAUUUAAGACUUGUUUAUUUGCAAAACAAACGAUAAUCUCAUUCCGCAAAAGAAACCAUUAAUCGGGAUAAUGUUAUAUGUAAAAAACAAAAAAAAAACAUUCCGUUGUGUAUAAAAAGAACGAAAAAAGCUAGUUUUUUUGUGUAGGAAGAUUUCAGCAAUAAUUGUACUCUUUAACUAGUAACGAUAUUUUUCAAUAUUUCAACACUUGCAUAAUGUUGUCCGUUCAAUAUGUGACGUUUUGAACGAAUUUUUUUCUCUUUUAUCUUACGUGAUACAAACUAAAUAUAGAAUAAUAUUUGUCAAACCUACAAUAUUUACUUGUUUAUUAUAUUAUUUAUCUUUCAUUUUUAAUCAUUCUAUCAUAAUUAUAAUUCUAACAUUAUCAUUA